AGUAGUUGCUUCGUUGCCAUCGCCAAUCUCGCUCUCCCUUAUUUUGCAUAGAAAAUAAACAAAAAGCUCUUCGGAUAUUAUGUUUUCACAAUAAAAUCCAACACAUUUGUGCUGGCGCAAGUGUGUGCUGGAAAAACCACUCAAAAAAGAAACCUACAACCAACGUGAAAUAUAAAUUAUUGCGCAUUCCACGGAAGCAACAAUACCAGCAAAGGCAGCAACAACAACAACGAGAACAGCAUAGCAAAAGUUCACUGUUGCUGCGGCCGGAGAGCUGGUGUAGGCGAUGGCCACGGCACCGCGAUCCCUGGACACCAUCUCCCUCUGCUCGACCGUCUCCAGCUGCCCGGAUCGAAAUGGAUUCUAUGGCGGUUUCCAGCGCUCUGACAAGCCCAAGGAGCCGCUGUCCAAGGCACAGAUAAUUGCGCGGGAGAAAAAAUGGCUCUACAUGAUCGACAACUGGUCAAUAUACAUGUCCAAAAAUUACAAAAAGAUCCGAGAUCGGUGCCGCAAGGGUAUACCAAAGUCGGUGCGACCCAAAGCCUGGUUCUAUUUAUCGGGGGCGUAUUUGCUAAAGAAAAAGAACCCCAACGUAUAUCACGAGCUUCUAGAAAAACCCGGAAACCCGACCACUAUUGAAGAAAUCAAAAAGGACAAACAUCGCCAGUUUCCGUUCCACGAAAUGUUUCUCGACGAGCAGAAAGUUGGACAGAUCGAACUCUUUAAUGUGCUAAAGGCCUACUCGAUAUACAAUCCUAAAGUCGGCUUCUGUCAGGCACAGGCGCCGAUAGCUGCUUUCCUAUUGAUGCACUUGCCCGCGGAGGACGCAUUCUGGGUGUUCGUCAGCGUGUGUGAUGUGUACCUGCAGGACUAUUUCAUACCCGGCUUAGAGGUGAUUCAGAACGAUGCAGGAAUUCUGGAGGGACUGCUGAAGAAAACGUGCCCACCAGUAUACCGGCACUUACAAAAGCACAAAGUGGAGCCACUGCUCUACAUGACCGACUGGUUCCUGUGUGCAAUGACGCGCACUCUCCCCUGGGAGACGCUUCUGCGUGUCUGGGAUUGUUUUCUAGCCGAAGGCAUACGAGUGAUUUUUAAGGUGGCCCUGGUCAUUAUUGGAGCUUCGCUAAGCCGACAUAAGGUGAGAAAGACGUGCACUGGCCUUUGCGAGACCCUGGCCGUACUACGGUCCCCUGAAGAGCACAUCGUGGAAGAGGAAUUCAUUAUAAACAACAUGAUGCGACUCAACUUGCGCGUCGAGGACUUCCAGAUCGAGCACACGCGCCAAAAAGCCCGACGAGCCAAACAGAAGGCGCAGCAGGAAGCGGAGACGAGCGGGUCUAGCAACGGACAUCGACGCAACAUGCCAACGCUGUGAGGGAUCGCAACUACUUCUACUACUACAUCAACAAAUUGUUACUAAACACACAAACAACACACACCAUGCAUAGUUGCAUAAGAUUUGUACGUUUAAAGUCGAAUAGGGAGGAGGAGGAGGUCGUGCACAAAAGUGGAAGGGAGACGAGUGACCGCGAACUGGUUCAGUCAGUUGGUCAGUCAAUUACGGAGACAUCAUUCCAUGCAAUCAGUUUGCCUAAUUUUAAGACAAUUCUUUUGUUGAGCACAUUCGGGCUGGACUUGUAUCGGUAUUUGUUUUCGUAUUAUUCAUUUAGUGGCAAUUAUUACAAGCGUGCAAUUUGUUUAUGCUUUUCAAAAGUAUUUAUUACAUAUUUAUUAUUAUUAUCGUGUAACAUUAAAACUUUAGCGUUAGCGUUGAUUUGAAAACCCCGAGAACAUAUCGUAUGAUUAUCAAUCACCACCCCAAGGCAACUGACACAAGGACUGGAGGAUUAUAUAGUUUGAAAUUUUUACUACUUUAUCCAUAUUCACUCUGAGACGAGAAUGUUGAUAUUUACCUACGAUAAUGCGUUACGAACGACUUCUGUUGUGGCCCGAGCCGGAAAAGUUGGAGAUCAGUUUUGUGACUGGUUUUAGGCAAAACUAAUAUUAAACUUUAAUACUAAUAAAAAAAAUAUACCGAAAUAUUAACAAAAAAAAAGUAGUGUUUUUAAAUUUAAAUGUUUUGUAUCCAUCCCAAGAAUACAAUUCAAGUUGUUGGUGAACUAAA